AUGAAUCAGUUGAGAAAUUUAUUUAGACGUGUAUCCAUAGAUGAAAAAUGUUUAGAUAACAAAGACUUAGGUAAUCAAGAAAGAAGCGAGUUAACUAAUUACAUAGAAGAUAUUUGCUUCAUCAAACCUCUGCAUCCAUAUACAUUUAAAAUUCCACAACUUUACGAAACAUUACCAGAAAUACUAAGUAAUUUAAAAAAAAAUCAAUCUGAAAUAUUACAUAUUGGAAUAUUAGAGUGUGGUACUAUUUCCUCAUUCUUUGAAGAUUCUUGGAAUAAGUUAUUUGAAGAACUUAAAAAAAGUAUUAGGAACUCUCAGGAAAAUGAAAGUGAAUGGAUAAAAUUGAUAUCUAAUGCAUAUCUAAAGAGAGAUUGGCAUAGAAUAUGGUUAGUAAGAUGUUUUAUGUCAAUAUGCUGGGAACUGUACAUCAAAGAUAUAUUGAUAUUAGAUAAAAAUAGAGAUUACGAUUAUUUGAUGUUACCCUGCUACAGCCAUUCUUAUAAAAAAGUAGAAAAAAUUCCAAUUGGUGAAUUACUAUGUAUUACUGCAAAUUUUCUUCUAGAUUAUUUAAAUCCUCAAAUAGAAAUUCCACUUUCGACUAUAAGGGGAGUACCUAUACUAAAGAAAGUUAUAUAUUAUAAUAAAUCUAAAUAUUGGAAAACUCCUCCCCCUUUUUGUGUUGCUAAAGUAGCCCUACUAGAAAACUCAAUUAUUAAAGAAAGUAACUUGGAAAAUAUAUCAAAAUAUAUUAAAGCAGAAAUUUGGAUAUCUUUGAAUAUAGAUAAUCCUAAAAUAUACUGGAUAGAGAACUAUAAUAAUACUACUACACUUAAAUUACCUGCUGAUAAUCAAACUUUUGCUUCUUGUAUAAGAGUGCUACGUAAGGAUGAAAUUGGAAUAUUUAGAAGCCCCUUUAAAGAUUAUAUAUACUCAACUUUUACACUGAGGCUGUUAGAUUGGUAUUUGGAGGAUACAUUAACUAUUAAUUAUGGAAAUUAUAUCUUAGAAUGCCCUAUUAUUGUCAAAAAUUAUAAAAUUGGAAACUCGACAAAUGAAACUGGUAUUGAAAUAAAUUAUAAUAUAUCUUUUUCAGAUAGUUUAAACAGAAGAUUUUUGAAUGGUAAGAUUAUCUAUGAAAACAACAAAUUACCCCGUUUUAUUAUUAAAAUAAUAGAAAAAUAUAGAAACAUAUCUUUACCACUUAUUUAUCAACUUUUAAAAAAUGAACUAGGGGAACCAGAGAAUUUUACAUGUUGUAGACAUCUAUUGGAUGCCUUCCAGAUGAUACUAUCUACAAUAAAUAGCGAUGAAUUAUACUACAUACACUUAGAAAUUAAUGUACAAACAAUAAUACAAUACUCAGAAAUCUCGUUAUUUUAUAUAUUGAGACAUUUAAAUGAAUAUAAAUAUUUAUGCGAUUACAAAUGUAAAUUUUUGGAUGAUCUCUAUAAUUUUGGCUUUUUUGUUAUUUCUAAACUUAAAACCAAACAAAAAUAUCUUUUUAUUCAAGAUAUUUAUAUAAUUUUAGUAACAGAUAUAAAUAUUAUUAAAAAACUGAGGAUUUUAUUUCAUGAAUUAUUAAAUUUAACUAAGAAUUGGUUUGAAGUACCAUUUGUUUUAAUUGAAAAUGAUACUAUUUUAAAAAGUAAUUCAAAUGAAGAAUUUAUUUAUAUUAUCACACCAUCUAUAAAUAAAGUACAAGAAUUAAUAUUUUAUACUUUCCCAGGAACAUUGUCUGUUAAAAGUAAUCCAAUUUUAAUGAAACCACUAUUGGAAAAUUAUUCAUUUUCUAUAAAUGAUAAAUUUAAGCAAAUUAAUUCUAUUGUUUAUAAUGAUAUCUUCAGUUUCAUCAAUGGCAAAACUUUAAUUGAAGAUCUUGGACAAUUAGAAAUAUGUAUAUGGCCUGAAGAUUCAAGUUUUUCUUUAUCAAGUAAUUCUGUUCCAUGGUUAUUUGAAUCAAUAGAUACCCAACAAAUCUUGUUAUCAGAAGAUAUUGGACGAUUUUGUUACUUAAUUAAAUCUUGUUUAUUAAUCUUAUAUUUUAAUUACAAUACCCACGAAAAUAACCGUAACUUAUUUAAUAUUUCAGUUUCAUCGCUUAGAAGAUGGUCUCAACAAAUAUUCUUAAUUAAUAGUAAAAAAAUUCCUAAAUACUACUUAAUAUUUGGUAAAUAUAUUGAAAUUAUAUUUAAAGUAUAUAUUUUGGGUUCUAUAGGAUAUGAAGAUAUUAUAGAUAUAUUAGAUUAUAUGGUUAACAAAAAGUAUAAAACUGAAGAACGGAAUGUUAUUCAAUUAUGUUUAAAUUAUGUAAUGUCUUGGAUUUUUAUACAAAUUAAGAAUACAGACCUUAUAAGACAUUCAAAUAAAAGUGAUGAACAACUUAAACUAAAAGAUUUCAUUCAGUCUAUUUAUAAAAUCCAUCGUAUAUCUCGAAUAGAACUUUCAAAUAUUAAAUAUCAAACACUUCAUCAUAUUAUUAUGGAACCCGUUUUAUGGUUACCGAUUAAUCCAUAUGAAAUUGGUAAUAAAUCUAAUAAUAAAUUGGCGUUUUUCGAAAAGUUAAUCAAAUUUGAAAUUUUCAAUAUUUUAUUUAGACUUUUAAUUUCUCCAAUUUAUGCAAAUAGUAUUUUCAAAGAUGACAAAUUCAGUAUAAUUGAUAAGAGACAAUCUAAUUAUAAACUAGUUUCUUUUGGAAGUAAUAAACUUGGAUAUUUAGGUAUUGGUCCUCCAAGAAUAUCAAUUUUUCGAGAAAUAGAAUGUGAGUUAUAUCCAAAUUUAUAUGAUAUAAAUUGUAUCUAUAAAAAUAUGGGAAUAGAAUUGGAGUCAUCAGAAAAUGAGAUCCAAGAUAUAGUAUUAAAUUUAAAAGUUGAAGAACAGAUUUUUAAAAAAAUAAGCUGUGGAUUAAAUCAUAUAAUUGUACUUUGUAAAAAUGGUUCUCUACUCUCUUGGGGUAGUAAUCUAUAUGGACAAUGUGCUCACAAUACUCAAAAUUCUAAUUUAAAUUUAAAUAAUACUAAUAUUGAGAAUAUUCAUAGAGAAAUAAUUAAUGAAUAUAAUCAAAUGAUACCAUAUCCAAAAAAAAUAUAUUCUAUUUCAAGAUUGACAGAACCUGUUUCUAUAGUAACAUGUGGAGCACUUUUUACAAUGAUACUAGAUUCAAAAGGUAGAGUAUUUACUUGGGGUUAUGGAAAAGAUGGAUGUUUAGGUACAGGUAAUCUUCAAUCUACUUCAAUACCAUCAUUAGUUUCAUUUAAUUAUCCAAUUAAGAAAAUAUCGGCUGGAAUGUUUCAUUGUAGUGCAAUUGAUAUAAAUUCUCGACUAUAUAUCUGGGGUAGUAAUGAAGCUGGUCAAAUUGGAUUAGCCUUAAGGGAAACUGAGGAUGAAUUACCAAUUAUAAAAAUACCUCAAGAAAUUUGUAUUGAAUUUGUUAUUGAAAAAGUUGAAAGUCCUAUGGAAGUUAAAAAUAUAAUUAUACUUUAUCAUCAUACAUAUAAUUUUGAUAGGACUAAAAUUAUUAAAUGGAGUGAUAUAUCCUUAGGAGAAGCUCAUUCAGUUGGAUUAGAUACUGAUGGAUUAGUUUGGGUUUGGGGCCAAAAUAAUUUUAAUCAAUUAUCAAGUAUUCCUAAUCUUAUAUCACCUAAACUUAUUCUCAGAUACAUAGAUAGUUCCAAAAAAGAUAAAAUUUUUUUUUUAAAUUCUAAAGAAAAAAUUGUAGAAUUCCCAAUACCUCUAGCUGAAUUUAUAUUACCAUCUAUUAAAUUAUUUGAUAAUCAGAAAAUUACCAAAGUUAUUUGUGGUAGUACAACAAGUUGUGCUAUUGAUGAACAAGGAAAAUUAUGGAUGUGGGGAUUAGUCCAUUCAGGUAUAAUUGAAAAUUCAAUUAAUGAAGAAGAAUAUCAUAUUAAUAAUAUUAGUAAAGUUAUGUAUAAAGAAAUUCCUUUACCAAAAAAAGUAUUCAAGAAUAUAUUAAUUGAAGAUAAAACAAUAAAACUUCUUAGAUUUGGUCAAGGUACUAAUAAUUUAAUUAUUGUUACUGGAAAAGAAAGAUGUUAUAUAUGGUUAAAUACUAAUAUUUCAAAAAAUUUUAAAAAAUCAUUAUUUGAUUCAGUUAUAUAUAAUGAAUAUUAUGGAUGUCUCACUAUUGAUUGUAAUAAAAAUUGGACAAUUCUAGAUGUUUCUACUGUAUCAGACUCAAUUAUUAUGAUUAUGAAAAAAAAAAAGCUUUAG